CGCUGCUCGUGUUGGAGUUGGUUUCCAUGGCGAUAGUCAGAUUUAAUGUUAGAAAGCGACCCCAGAAGUACCCAAAAACGUGAACAAACUGAAGCAAAAGUUCUUAAGAGAAUGUAAAACAGAUAUUUCACCGACACAAUGGACAUUUCUGAGGACAAACGUGACGACAAGAGGGCAGCAGAUCAGAGUUUAUUCUCCACCGCCGUGUCCGAGGACGAAGCCAGAAGAAAAACCUCCAUCAAGCAGCUUUUUGGAUCCAGUAAAAUAUUUCUGACGCCUGCAGAAAAACAGCAGCGAAAACCAGAACUGCGAGCUAACGUGAUCAUCCAGAACAGAGCAGCAGAACAUUGCAGAAAUGGAACCGAAGCGAUGGGAAGGUGUCAGUAUGAGAAGGCUGUGAUCUGCUUCACUAAAGGAAUCAAUCUGCUGCCAGAACAGACUCAGCUGUACGUUCACCGGGCCGAGGCCUUCCUGCAGCUCUGCGACUUCCGGUCAGCAGCAGCUUCUUAUAAACAGGCCGAGAUCCUGCAGCCCGGAGCUUCCAGCCGUCGCCUGGCCUUCAUCUGCUACCUGCAGGGUCAGUGUCUGCUGGAUCGAAGUCUGUUCCUUGAAGCUCUGGAGGCUUUUAGCAAAGCUGCUGAGCUGCAGCCCGACAGCAGAGUUUACAGAGUCAGAAGUGUGGUGUGUCUGAGCGCUGCAGGACGACACUCUGACGCUCUGAAGCUGCUGAACGGCUGCAUGACGUCAGGAAGUCCCACCGCUGAUCUCUACGUCCUCAGAGCUCGACUGCACCGACGGCUCCAGCAGACGUCUGGCUGCUAUCAGGACGUGCGGUCUGCGCUGGCGUUGAACCCUUCAUGUCCAGCAGCUGGAGCUCUGCUGCAGCAGCUGCAUGAAGCCAGCGAAGCGUCCAGACUGAAGGCCGUGGACAAAACUCUGAGCGGUCAUCUGCCUGAAGCCCUCUGCUUGAUCAAUGUGGCUCUGGAGAACAAGCCUGAGGACCCACGACUCCACCUGUUCAGAGGGAUUCUGUACCGACGUCUGGAGGAUUUCACAGCAGCCAUGGAGGACCUGGUCCAGGCUGCAGAGCUGACCGAGGAGGAGGAGGAGGAGGCUGGAGGUCAGUGGAAGGCCACAGACAGGAAGUCAGAGGGCGUGUCUGUUCUCCAGGAGGUGGAGCUUCAGCUGGUCCUCACCUACAACGACUUGGCCGUCCAGUGUUUCAGCCGACGACUUUAUCCUGAAGCCGUUCUGCUGCUGAACAAAGCCAUCGAGGAGGAGAAGAACCAGGCGGGACUCUACCUGAACAGAGGAGAUUGCUUCUUCAAACUGGGUGACUGGUGUUUCUCUCUGGCCGACUACCGGCAGGCUGAGGAGAUGCUGCCGCCUGAAGACCCGGCAGUCCGGCUCCGACUGGCCGUCGUCCACAACACCCUGGGCUGCUUCUGCUUCCAGGACGGACGUUUCCAGGAGGCAGUCGACAUGCUUUCCGUCGCCAUCCGCUACAACCCGGCAGCCGGUCGCUACUAUGAGAGCAGAUCCAAGGCCUUCAGGAAGCUGCUGGACUGGAACUCAGCCAGAGAGGAUUUUAUCUGCAUGCUGGUGCUGGAUCCAAACAACCAGGAGGUUCCUCCGAUGUUAAUGAGUCUGUUUCCAGGCUACAGUGUCUCUGAUGUUCUGUCCAGUCCUAAAGGAGAAGCAGUCAGAGCUCAGCUGAUGGACACGAUCCAGACCUGGAGUUCAUCCUCAGACCCACACAGACUGAGUGAGAAGCUGCAGCAGAUCAACCUGACCAACGAGAACCAAUCAGAAGAUCCGACCGGAGCAGGAGAGGAGCUGAAGCCGUGUUUGAACCCUGAAGAUCUGCAGAUAACCGUGAAGAACCUCCUGCAGGUUGAGUCAACGGUUCGGUCUUUAGUCCACAGUCAUCCAGAAUCGCACCAAACUGGACCAGAAUGCACCGGUCCAACUUCAGACCCCAGAGGAGAAAACUCUGCAGCAGAUCUGAGCUGACUUUAAGUUUUAUUCCACAUAAAGUACUACUGUUAGUCCAAAUACUGACAGUGUGUGAGGUUUAUUACACAGAAAAUACUAGUUUUCGUCCAAAUAUGUGAAGUUUUAAAGAUUUAUUCCACCUAAAAUGCUGCUUUUGGUCAAAAUACUUGUAGUUUUAAGGGUUUGUUCCGCAUAAAAUGCUACUUUCUGUUCAAUUAUAUGCAAUUUAUGAUUUUUGUUCCACCUAAAAGACUAAUUUUAGUCUAAAUGUGCAAAGUUUUAGAGAUUUAUUUCACCUAAAAUACUAAUUUUAGUCAAAAUACUGAGAGUUUUGAAGGUUUUUUCCAUAUAAAAUGCUACUUUCUGUUCAAUUACAUACAGCUUUUGAAUUUUAUUCCACCUACAAUGCUAAUUUUAGUCCAAAUACAUAAAGUUUUUUAAAGAUUUAUUCCACCUAAAAUGCUGCUUUUAGUCAAAAAUACUAAUAGUUGGUGAAGACUCUGUCCAGCCUUUUUCUAUCACAGCUGAUUAUCGACAAUAUAUUCCAUAAAGAACACUUUGCACAUUAUUAUUUGCAGAAUAUUCUAAAAAAUAAUCACCUUUUUUUUUUUUAGCAAAAUGAGAGCUUAAUUAGCAGUCAGAACUGAUGCUGAAAACUCCGACAAAAAAUGGAAUAAUUCAGGAUCAGAAAUAAACAUUUUAUAUGAAGCACUUUAAUAAAAUCAUUAUAAAGACAAGCAGCUCAUGUUCCUCCUGUAGAAUCUUCGAUUCCAUCAAACUGUAGCGUCUAAAUCAGCACUUUUCUGUCUCUAAUGAAGACGUUUGUAGCUGCAGUCGUCCAGCAGGUGGCAGCAGAGUCUCAGUUUCAUCCUGAUGCUGGAGUUUUAGUUUCGGUUUAAAUCAGCAGAUCUUUAUUUAUCACGCAGGAGAUUUAAUUUAUCUCUUCUAAAAUGCAGUAAAUAAAUGAAAAUUAAAGUCUCUAUUUCUGCGGUUUUACUUGAUAUUAUCUGUAACUUAAGGAAACAGGGAAAAUCUGCAAAAUAACAGUAGGUUGUUUAAAAGCAACAACAACAAUAAUAAUAAUGAUAAUAAACUACCAGAUCUUUUUUUUUUACCAUCAUUUAACCAUUAAUAUUCAAAUUCUUUCUUUCAAAAAUGGCCAAAAUCUGUAAAAUACUGAUAUUUUUUACAGAUUAAAAUGAGAAAACAGUCAGUUUUGACCUGUUUUUUAGUGUUGACACUUAAAUUAAUAUCUUUAUUUCUGUAACUUUACAAAACACGGAAAAUCUGCAAAAAUAAUCGUAGAUUGUUUUUCAAAAAUGGUUACAGUUAAAAACAUUUCACAGUGUUAAUGUAAAUGUGCAACAAAACAAAAUAUCUUCGUAAUUCUACCCACAUAAAAAAUAUAUUAAACAGCAUUUAUAAUUUUAUUUUUAUAGAUUUUUUCUCUCAUUUGCACAUUUCUGUAAAAAUAAAUACUGUCACUCUUGUAUAUCUCUUGAUUUUUUUCUAAUUUUUUUUAUCUUAUUUCCUUUUAUUUUUAUUUUAUAUUAUUUUACUUUUUAUAAUCUUGUUUUUUAUUUCCUAUUUUUUCAAUGUAUUUUAUUUUAUUUCACUUUAUUGUAUUCUAUUCUUAUUUUAUGUCACUGUUUUAUUUUAUAUUAUUUAACUUUAUUUUAUCUUAUUUUAUUUACUUUUUUCACUUUGUUUUUUGAUCUUAUUUCACUUUAAUAUUUUAUUUUGUUUCACUUUAUUUUAUUUUCAUUUUUUAUAUAUUUUAACUUCUUUCACUUAAUUUAAUUUCAUUAAAUUUUUUCUUAUUUCACUUUAUUUUAUUUUCAUUCUAUUUCACUUUGUUUUUGAUCUUAUUUCACUUUAAUAUUUUAUUUUAUUUCACUUUAUUUUAUUUUCAUUUUAUAUUAUUUUAUUUUAUUUGCUCUUUUGUUACUGAAUCAAAUUUAAUUUUAUCUUUAUUUUAUUUUAGCGUCUUUCACUUAAUUUAAUUUUAUUAAAUUUUUUCGUAUUUUACUUCAUUUUAUUUUCAUCUUAUUUCACUUUAUUUUUUUUAAUCUUAUUUUAUCUUAUCUCAGGCUGCUGUAACAACUCCUUGCUUUAUGCAGCAUUUUUUGGUGGUUUUUUUUUUUGCCUAUUUUCCUUCAGAUUCCCACUGUUCCUCUCCUUUCUCUGCCUCUAAACGACCAUAAAUCUUCCUCCUGAUGACCCUCGCUGAAGCUCUUCGCUGUCGGAGGUUUUCCUUUAUUCUCCUGCAGACUUUCCUCCAGCGCUGCAGUAAAUGUGUGUGGCCUCGGCAGCCCGUAAAGGAGCAGAGAGGCUCCGGUUACUGAGGUGUGAGGAGGAGAGCGGUCCAGACAAAAACACCUUUCUGUGGCCGCGGCUCGGCGGCUUGGCCUCCCGUCAGCACAUUCCCUCUGGAGGCUGUUUUGUCUGAGAGCCGCGGGACUCGUUUGUAGUCUUUGGGUCGAGUUCGGCCGAGUGACGCGAGCAGACGCACAGCUCCAUGUGCUCCUGAAGCGACAGUGGAAUCAGAUCCGCCGCUCUGGAAUUGGAUUAGAGCUGCAGACUUUCUGCCAGUCAUGGUUUUCCUGUUCCCAUUGAGCCACAGUGAAGGAAAACGUGUCAAAAAUCGGUGAGAAGUUGCUUCUUUGGGGUUCUUCGGGUUAAAACGGUUCCACCUGCUCGUCCAGAAAACACGUCGAGAUGCUUCUGGGCCUCGUGUGGCGCCGGGAGGACGAAUAAAACGCUAAAAGGUGCUUUACGGUCUUAUAAUUCUGCUGCUUUUUCUUUUUCCGAACGGAGACGGGAAGCAGAGGAGGGAGGACGGAGGUUCUCCCCAGAGGAACAUUUCCAAAGACAAUUUAUCCGUCCUGGAGAGAUAAACCAUCUGCCGGUUCGUCCUUGUCGUAAAUCUCCGUCCUGCAGUAGCUCUGACGUCACACAGCUGGCUUUCUAUUCGCCUUUUUUCCUGUCUUCUUCCGCUUUUCUAACCGACUCCUAAAUGUUCCAGCAGCCAGGAGAAGCUGCUUCACUUCCAGCCGUUCAUCUCCUUCAGCCGGCUAAUGGUUCCUUUGAUGGGGGUGGAUGGAGGCUGGCUGUACAGCGGCAGCGUCGGGGUGCAGCUCCGACUCCACGGCCUCUCAGUGGGAACCGUCCACACCGACCCCUGCUUCUUCUUCUUCUUCUUCUUCUUCUGGUCGCUGUCGUCUUUGGAGGAACCAGGAGACAUGGACUGCAGGAGAACCAUCAGUUAGAGCCUCGCAUAGAACAUUUCAGCUCCAAAAUGAUGCUUUAGUAAAGUUUAACUUUCACUUUCUAUCAGUCUCGGUCAUAUAAUCAGCUACACGGUCCAAGAACAUCUGGAAUUUAAGCUGUAAUUUUGCCUAAACUGAUUUUUUUUCGACCCAUGUUUAAAGAAUUUAAAUUUUAAAAAGUCACGUUUUUAUUUACUUUUGUUACAUAAAGUUUAAAUGUAUUCACAAAUUUAUUAUAUUUACAUUUUUAUUAUUAUUUUUAAUUUUUUUAACUUUUAUUUUUAAUCACCAGAUGGAACUGUAUUGAUGUAUAUUUAUUUAGUCCACUUAUAAUAUAUUACACAAAUGUAAAAACUCUUUUUACAUUUUAUUUGAUGGAUUUCUUACCUGUAUAUUAUUUUAUUUAUUUUUUUACAUUAUACCUGAUGGAUUUCUUAUCUGUAUUUUGUUAAAUUUUUUUAUUUACUUAUUAUACAUUAUACUUGAUUGAUUUCUUACCUGUUUUUAUUUUGUUUUAUUAUUUUUUUACAUAGUACAUGAUGGAUUUCUUACCUAUAUUUUAUUUUAUUUUGUUUAUUUUUUAUUAUUUUUUACAUAUUACAUGAUGGAUUUCUUACCUGUAUUUUAUUUUAUUUUGUUUAUUUUUUAUUUUUUUUACAUAGUACAUGAUGGAUUUCUUACCUGUAUUUUAAUUUAUUUUGUUUUGUUUUAUUAUUUUUUUACAUAUUACAUGAUGAAUUUCUUAUCUGUAGUUUGUUUUAUAUUAUUUGCAUUUUUUACAUUUUACUGAAUGGAUUUUUCACCCGUAUUUUUUUAAAACACGAAAAACAUCAAAACAGUUAACUUAAUAAACCAUAAAUAUGCAUGUUUAAUCUAAAAUAACAUUAAAAACACAUAUAGCUGUGAAUAACCAUGUAAAAUUAUAAUUUAAAAAAAUUAAUUAAUUUUUAAAACUAAAUUUGGGGGCUUUUUUAAAUAUACAUUUUUCCUUUUUAUUGAAUAGAAAAAUAAAAUCAAGUUUAAUGCUGUAAA